GGAGGAGCAGGAGCUCAUGGCUCAGGACACGGCGGUUCGUCCGGAUCUUCACCUGCACUAUGUGCAGGCCUGUCAGAAAUUGGGCCAGCCUGAAAACCCCUUAAUCGCUCGUGUGCUUCAGGAAGCUGACGAAAAUGAGGAAAUCAGAUGUACAAAAGGGAUCACAUUAAAAAUAGCUGGAAAUAAUCACCCAGUGCCCGUGCAGAGAGUUAGAGACGAUGAUCUGGGAGCUCUUGCCUCUGUCUUAUCCCAUGCUGCAUUUGUCAAAGGUUUGGAUCUUGCUUAUAAUGUAUUGACUGAUGCUGGAGCAGAGACCAUGGCAACAUUCCUCCAGGAAAACUCCUCCCUGCGGUACCUGAACCUCACGUUUAAUGACCUUGGCAUGAGUGGGGCAGAGCUGAUAGCGAGGGCACUUCAUAGGAACACAAGUCUUGUGCACAUGAGAAUGACUGGAAACAAAAUAGGAGACCAAGGUGGGAUGUUCUUUGCUUCGAUGCUGCAAAGAAACUCAACCUUGGAGAAGUUGGAUCUUGGAGACUGUGAUCUGGGCCUGGACUGUCUGAUAGCAAUAGCCAGAGCUCUGAUCCAGAACAAAUCCCUCAGAGCAAUCAACCUAAAUCGUCCCUUGCUGUACAGCCAAGAGGAAGAGACCACAGUCCACAUAGCUCAGAUGCUGAAGAACAACCCUCCUCUCGUGGAGCUGCACUUGAGCAAGCACGAAAUGAAAAACUUUGGUGUAGAGCGACUGUGUGAGGCCCUGCAGGAAAACUCCAGCCUGAGAUACCUUGACCUGAGCUGUAAUAAAAUAACCGCCGACGGUGCGAGAUUUUUGGGAGAGCUGCUAAAACACAACCAAAGCCUGGUAAUCCUGGACCUGAAGGCAAACAGAAUAGAAGAUCCUGGAGCCACGCACCUGAGUGAGGCCUUGUCUUUGCACAACAGGACCCUGCAGGCGUUGUCAGUGGUAAGCUGCAGUAUAACUGGCAAAGGACUUACAGCUCUUUCAAAUGCAAUCAAAUCAAACAUGAUCCUUUCCCAUAUAUACAUCUGGGGGAACACAUUUGAUGAAGAUGCCUGUAUGUCAUUUUCCGAGUUAGUUCAGUCGGGUCGCCUGAAGCCCAACUGCACGGACGUGGCCCCGUUCCAGGUGGACGGGCGAGCUCAGCUGGCAGAGCUGUCCCACGGCCUCCACAGGGAAUAUUACUGGGCCCCACGGCACAGGGUGGUGGCACACAGUGCUGCCAACGCCAGCCUGGCACUGGUAGCUGUCUCAGAAUAUCUGUGAGUGAGGGAUCAGCUCAGUGCACUCCACAGGCCUGAGCUUUGCCUGUCUGGUUUCCAGUAAAAUAAAUUAUAUCAGCCUCAGAUUUGCUUUAUGUUGUUUCUUCAGGUUAAAGUCUAAAAGGAAUCUAAAACUGCUUGAAAUGGCAUAAAGAUAAAAUACUGAACAAAUGACCUUCAAAUUCAGUGCUA